CCCGUUCCUAUUUUUCCUAAAGCAGGGGCCGGGCAAACCGUAUUGUUGGCUCCGCCUAGGGUUUUAGCACCUGCCGCCGCAACCUCCCUUCUACUUCUACUGCCGCCGCAACCUCCCCAUCCUUCGAAUCCCAUCCGACCUAACCCCGCAACCCGCCGGACGACGAGUGGCGAGGCCCCCGGCCGAGAUGGACCGGUACCAGAGGGUGGAGCGGCCGCGGAACGAGUCAACCAUCGAGGAGAACGAGAUCCGCAUCACCGCGCAGGGCCUCAUCCGCAACUAUGUCUCCUACGCUACCUCCCUCCUCCAGGAAAGGAGAAUUAAAGAGAUUGUUCUAAAAGCCAUGGGACAGGCAAUCAGUAAAUCUGUAGCUGUUGCAGAGAUUAUCAAGAAAAGGAUCCCUGGGUUACACCAGGAUACCAACAUCAGUUCUGUUAGCAUCACUGAUGUCUGGGAACCCAUAGAAGAAGGCCUUGUCCCAUUGGAGAUGACUCGGCAUGUUUCGAUGAUUUCAAUUACUUUGUCCCCCAGAGAGCUGGACAAGCACACUCCUGGGUACCAAGCUCCAGUGUACAUUGAACAACCAAGGCAACAGCAGGUGCCACCACCACAGCGCCAACCACGCAGACCACCAGCACAAUUCCAGCAGCUGGAGUAUGAAGAUUCUUAUGCACGGGGUCGAGGAAGAGGGCGUGGGCGUGGAAGGGGCUGGGGUAGAGGUGGCUACGGUGGCUAUGGUGGAUAUGGAAACAACCAAGGUGGCUAUCAUCAGGGUGGUGGGUAUUAUGACAAUCAAGGUGGAUAUAAUGGCUAUGAUAAUCAAGGUGGAUAUAGUGGCUAUGAUAAUCAAGGUGGGUAUGGUGGUGGAUAUGGCUAUAACCAAGGCAGAUAUGGGAACUAUCAAGAAAAUGGUGGAUAUAACCGAGGAAGAGGAAGUGGUAUGCGAGGAAGAGGCAAUUGGGGUUACCGAGGAGGUUAUGAAGGUGGCAGGGGCGGUGGCUAUGGAGGUGGCAGGGGCGGUGGAUACGAAGGAGGCAGGGGAGGCGGCUAUGAAGGAGGCAGGGGAGGCGGCUAUGAAGGUGGCAGGGUCUAUGAAGGUGGCAGGGGAGGGGGCUAUGAAGGAGGCAGGGGAGGCGGCUAUGAAGGUGGCAGGGGAGGGGGCUAUGAAGGAGGCAGGGGUGGCAGUGCUCAGGGUGGAAGGGGUUACGGUGGCCGUGGAAGGGGUAGAAUGGGUGGUCGCGGACGAGGGAACUAGUGCAGUUCUGGCGUUUCCUUCAAAAUGCAUGCCUCACCUAUACCAGGGGAAACGACAAGUUAUCUGAGCAUUUUAUGUUUGAAGCCAUGUGACUGUGAGGUCUGUUAUUUUUUCCCCUGAGCGCGAGGUUUGGUUGUGAGCAUAAUGCAUUUGCAAAGUUUUAUCUUGUACGUCAUCCUUCAACGUUUCAAAUUUUAUCAUGUACGUCAUCCUUCAAUGUUUCUGCUGCCAGAGGUUUUCCCAGUGAUCGUUGAGUGCUGAGCAUGUUGUCCAAUGUUCAUGCCUGCAGUAUUAACAGAUGGCCACUCUUUUCCUGUGAAAUUGUUAAUUGCAUUUGAGCAGUUUGUUUUCUUCAA